AUGUCUUCCACAGGUUCACCCCCGGGAGCAGAAGAAGAGUUUGAACCGUAUGUAAGAAGGAAACGAGCUGAAGGUGGAAGUAGGAAGAAAAUGCAAGGUUUGAAUGAGCAGGAACAGAACAUGCUUCGAAACUCCAUUAAUAGUCGAGAGCGACGCCGGAUGCACGAGCUAAACGACGAAUUUGAAUCUCUGCGUGAAUGCCUACCGUAUCCAAACGAGGCAAACAGUCGUCGAAUGAGUAAAGCUAACACUCUACUAUUGGCUUCAAACUGGAUCAAGCAUCUUUCUAACGCUAAUCACAAGCUUCAGAUGGAGUUGAAUGCAGCAAACGCAAAGGUAUGA